AUGAAAGCUGGAAUGAGUGAGACGCGUAAAUGCUUUUAUGGUGGGUUUGCUCGACUAGAAACCUCUUGGACCAAAGAUAAUCCAGGGAGAAGAUUAUGGACAUGCUGCCGCAAGAAAGGGUGUGGGUAUUUCGAUUGGUUCGAUCCUCAAAUGUCUGCAUGGUCAAAGAUGAUAAUUCCUGGGUUGUUGAAAAGGAUAGAUAAGGCUAAUGAUGAACUGAAGAGUUUGCGCAGGAGAGAGAAGCUACUUUGGUUUUUGAUCGUUAUUGGCAUCCUUGUUGUUGUGCUCUCAGCAAAUGCAACUCAACAUAACGGUUCAAGUGGAACAAAGACAGUAUUGAACUUGCUUGAUGGUUUCAAUUGCUUUUUGUGUACUGCAGGUUUUUGUAAGACCAUUAACUGGUUGUAA